UAUCUAUGCUAUUCUCCUCCCUCAUUUCUGCUCCGCCGCCGCAGAAACCCUAUUUGCAAAUCCUCCAUUGUAGCUGAUCGAGAAACAGAGCAGCCAUGGCUCAAGAGCAGCUCGUCCUUCGCGGCACCAUGCGCGCCCACACCGAUUGGGUCACCGCCAUCGCCACCCCAAUCGACAAUUCCGACAUGAUCGUGACAUCCUCCCGCGACAAAUCCAUCAUCCUCUGGUCUCUCACCAAGGAGGACAGAAACUACGGUGUCGCCCGCCGCCGCCUGACCGGCCACGGCCACUUUGUUCAGGACGUCGUCCUCUCGUCCGACGGCCAAUUCGCGCUCUCCGGCUCCUGGGACGGCGAGCUCCGUCUCUGGGACUUGCAGACCGGAAAGACAACUCGCCGCUUCGUCGGCCACGCCAAGGACGUCCUCUCCGUCGCCUUCUCCGUCGACAAUCGCCAGAUCGUGUCGGCGUCUCGCGACAAGACGAUUAAGCUCUGGAACACGCUCGGUGAGUGCAAAUACACCAUUCAGGACGCGGAUGGGCACACCGAUUGGGUUUCCUGCGUGAGAUUCUCGCCGAAUACUCAGCAGCCGACGAUUGUGUCCGGCUCGUGGGAUAGAACUGUGAAGAUUUGGAAUUUGACCAACUGUAAGCUCCGGUCGACUUUAGCAGGCCACAGUGGCUAUGUGAACACGGUGGCUGUGUCUCCCGACGGUUCGUUGUGUGCUAGUGGCGGGAAAGAUGGAGUGAUUCUGCUCUGGGAUUUGGCUGAGGGUAAGAAGCUUUAUUCUCUGGAUGCAGGCUCCAUCAUUCACGCUCUCUGCUUUAGCCCUAAUAGGUACUGGCUGUGUGCGGCCACUGAAUCCGGCAUUAAGAUUUGGGAUUUGGAAAGCAAGAGCGUGGUGGUGGAUCUGAAGGUUGAUCUGAAGCAGGAGAGUGAAAUGGCUGCUGAGGAGGCUGUCCAGGCGUCUUCAGCAAAGAACAAGGUGAUAUACUGCACCUGUCUCAACUGGAGUGCCGAUGGAAGCACCUUGUUCAGCGGAUACACAGAUGGUGUUGUCCGAGUUUGGGCCAUUGGUCGCUACUAAUGGGAUUUCAUAGUUGUUGAAUUUGCUGCUAUUAGGUAUGAUCCUAUGAUAAACUUGGAGGAAUUCUGAACUCUCUUGUUUCUCGGUUGUUGUGCUUCUCUGUCGACUUUAUUAUGUGUAAUGCUUGCAAAAGUUUUGGUUAAUUUAUAGAUUCAUCUUGGUGCAAUCUGCAAUCCGGCAAAAAUUUAUUUGUGA